UUGAAUCGAGAAUCAUGUAAAGAAACGCAAUUCUCUCACUAACAGUCAUCAUGAGAAACAAACCUUGAACCCCAAAUACCCUAAAAAGCAGCAAGCUAACAGUCUUGCUUUACAAGAAUGCCGUCUUCGAACAUCAAGCGCAAGAAAAAGCCGGUCCCCAAUAGUGCUCCGAGUAGCAGUGCUGGCAGUUUCACCGAAACAGCGAUGGAUGAAUUCUUGGCUCGUAAAGACUUGUUCAGAAAGCCCAUUGCUAAAGAUGGCUCCUGCCUUUUUAGAGCAGUUUCUGAGCAGGUAAGCUGCCAUCUAGUCCAUUUACCCCAUUUUUGUUUUGAGUAAUUAAGUAUAUAUUAUUUUUCUUUUAAGCUUAUUUAUCAGCUUACUUUUGGAGUGAGACAUGUUUUAAACGGACUUUUUACUUUGAACAUGAUCAAGAAUCCUUCAUUAAUUUGCCGUCCUCCUGUUAUAAAGAAUGUAGCCUUUUUUGUCUCUCUUUUCUGCGUACUUCACGUUAAUCAUGGUGUUAAUGUGAGGUAACCUUGUAAGCGCACGAGCUUUUGAUCGAAGUUUCGCUUUACGUAUUACAAGCUUGUCUAAAAAAUUAAACAAGUGUCCGUCGCGAAUUUACUUUGUAAUGUCACUCGCUUUUUCAUUUCAAAUCACUAUUUACGAUCAGUGUCUCUCAAAGUCUACAAGUACACAGUAAUAUGAACCAACCAGACCCCUAACAUUGUUUCACACUACAUUAAGCCAGAAACUCGAUCAUAUGAGGUUCUCAUUAAGCUUAAUAUCUCCUCUAGGUAUACAACUGUCAAGCCAGACAUCUCCAAGUUCGCAAGGACUGUAUAGACUUCAUGCGAAGAAACAAGGAUAAAUUUGAAGCGGUAAUACCAUUGUCCAAGGUUUUAUGUUAUUCAUAACAGUGUAAACAUUUGUUAAUUGAAUUUAAAUUGUUUCUAAAUCUCUGUUGCCUGUAUUGAACAUUGUAUCUCUUGUUACAAUAACUCUAUGAAAGAUGGAUAGUGAUGCUGUUUUCAGUUGAUAUCUUUCACCACGGGGGUUGUAUGAUUAUUGGGUAGUAGUCUGGCACUUCAGUGAGAUAAGUUCCUAGGGAGGCACUGGGUCCUCUGUUCCAGAAACUCCAAUUUAUACCAUGGAACAAUUUCCCAUAAAGACAUCCUGUUUUGGACCACAAUUCUUUAAUAUUUUAUACCCUAUCCUGGAUUAAACUGCUUAGAAGCUCUAACCAAGUAAAGUUGUGAAGUCAAUCGGUAUAAUAUCUAGAUGCGGCUUCUUUCCUCCUAAAUUGUCUUUACGUAUGCUCUUCUAUUCCUUAAGUUAUCCUUAUUUUUACUACUGCAAUAUCGUUUGGGCUUCGACCUAUAAACCAAUCUCCACCGCCUUGUCAUCCUGCAAAAGCGCAUUAUUUGAAUUAUUAAUAAAUCACAUUUCAAUGCUCAUACUGAACCCAUCUUCAAGGACCUCAGUAUACUAAAAUUUAAUGACAUCCAUUUGCUUCAACUGGGCCAAUUUAUGUAUUCUUGCAAAAAUUCAUUCUUACCUCCAAAGUUUAAUAACAAUUUCUCUCAAAGCAAUCAGUUCCACUCUUACAAUACAAGAAAUUCCUAGGCCUACCAUCUACCAUAUUGUCGUACAAACACGAAGAAGUCCUCGCCCUUUUUUCAAGGGCCUAAGUUUUUUAAUUCACUUGACAACAAGGUCAUCAACUCUCAAUCCCUCUCUUCUUUUAAGAAAAAACUGAAGAUAAAAUUAUUGAGUAAGUAUGAAAACAGUUCAUAAUGUCUUUCCAUCUUCGACUUUUUGACUUCUUUUCUUCAAUUGAUGUGAAACAGCUCUAGCUCAUAGUUCGAGGAGGCCUAGCCUCUCAUAAGCUCCUAUAGUUUCUGUUAGGUCUCCUCGCCACUUCUUUUUUUCUUCUUUUCCUAUAUUUUUUGUAAUUAUUGUGUGGCAAAUAAAAUAAAAAUAAAAAAUAAUAAUAAUAAAAAAACCUUCAUGGUGGCACAUAUUUAGCAAUUAUUGAAUGAGGCUGAGUAGGAUAUGAAGAAUUCUGCAGAUCGAGGGGGGUGUUAACCGCUCAGCCACACACGCCUCCUUUCCAACCAGUGCUCAUUCCUUAAAGCAUCAAUGAAGAAACCCUUGCUUGUAAGUCCCAUGCAUUGCUUCAUUUUACUGUUGGUUUUUAAUUAUUGUUUUUGCAUUGCUUUGCAGUUCUUGGAAGGACCAUUUGACCAUCACUUGUUUCGUCUCCAGAACCCAAAGGUAACAAACUUCAACUCUGUAAAGGCUUUCUGGAAACAGAAUGGAUGAAAUUUGAUUUUCAAGUGCACUUGGAACAUCCCCAAAUUCUCUUUAAAAUAGUAUUUUUUUAAAAAAUAAGAAUCUCAGUCUUCCUACAACUGUACUGUAUUAACAAUGCAUGCACAUAUAUGUAUUGGUCAAAUCAAAGCUUCAACACCCCCCCCCCCCUCCCCGGGCAUACCCCGGGCAUUUGACACCUUUGCUGUCCUGGGGAGGAGGGAAUUUGAUUAUCAGAGUCUUCCAGGGGUUUGGAAAUUUUAUCCCCAUUCAAAGGGUGGGGAAUUUGAAUCGUACCCUCGAUUUCAUGUGAAAUCUCUGGGCGCUUUCCAUUGCAUGUGGUGAGCUAUCAUGGCGGACGCAGUGUUAGAGGAUUUUCGUGGAAGAGAUUGUGCCUUUGUGGCCAAUUGGUUGCAAGGAAAGAGUGAAACGAGCUUUGUGCCAUAUUUGAAAGUAUUUAGAUUUUAAUAUUUUUGAUAUUGGAUUCAGGCUUUGAAUAUAUGAAUGUAUUAAGUUGUGUUUACACUGAAAUACCAUACGUAUAGUCUGACCUACUGUAUGCCCAUGAUUCAAUACAUCAAUAAAAAGCUCAACAGAGGUCAAUUACUUUGACCUGCCAAGAAAUGGUGAUGAAUAUCGCAUGUAUGGAAUGUAGUAAUCUCAGUAGGUGGGAUUUUUUUUAUAGAACGCUUUGUAUGUUGCAUGACACACGAAGAAAAGCUGAACAUUUUUGUAACAGUGAUUUCUGUUGCUUUGUACAAGAGUUUUGUUUGUAGUAAAUACACCUUCAGUGUGUCUCAGUUUUUAUUAUAUUGAAUGUGAAUUAUUUGCUGUAUUUAUAAAGAUUUUGUUUGAAAACUGAAGGCAUUUCUGCCGUCCUUCUGUCAUUCAUGCGCCUGUGAAAUGUUCCCGGGGUGGGGGCAUUUGAUCACCUGGAAGGACCCUAGUGUGGGCAUUUGAAGAGCAUUUUGGCUCGGAAGGGGGUAAUUUGAACAGCAAUUGUCAUAAAAGUCAAAUGCCCAGGGGGGGUUGCUGGGGGGGACGAUGUUGAAGCUUCGAUUUGACCAAUACAUAAUGGCAUGGGUUACAUUUUUCUUUUGGUUGAAAUGUUGCAAGUCAGUUUAAUUUUUGUUUCCUUCUCUCUGACUCUGUUCAUGUUCCCAAAACCUGUUCAUAAAACUAGUAAACCACAGCAUUAUAUUGGCAGAACGGCAGGUGUUGAUACAUUAGGUGUUUUUAAUUUCUGUUGUUCAUGACCAGUUUGACUGAUGAAGACACAAGCCAUACAUUGGACAUGGGUCCACAUGGGUGGUUAUAGGCGAUUAGAUAAUUGCUUGGGUUAAUUAAUUCUUAGUUUGUCAUACAAUAUUAAUUAUUUUGUCUUUUACGGUGUUUUCUGCCUUUUCUGGAAAGUUUAUCACAGACUAUCUCCCGCUGUUUGUAAAUUUAUUUGGAUACAUGUUUGUUUGUCACAAAGCAAUAACUUUAACAUAAAAGAGAUGUUAUUUCUCUGCACUAAUAUUAAGCUCUGUGGUGAUUGAGGGUCAUUAAUUAUUGGAAUAACUAAACAGGAUAGCUGCGAUGCAGCCCCUGUUAACUGAUAUAAACACAAUAUAACAAAUAAAAACUCUAGCAUACAGUGAUGAAUGGUCAGUUCUUACAUGUAUCUCUUUGUUUGUAGGAAUGGGCAGGGCAGGUUGAGAUAAGCGCACUUUCUCUGAUGUACAAGUGAGUGAAUUCUUCUCUGUAGCAGGGAAGUACAAGAAAACACAAAUCUGAUAUUUUUGAAGGGAGCAGUUUGUAUGAGAGAUCUAGCUUUCAUCAGAAAUUGCAAACCUUAAUUCCUUGAAUCAAAAACCAUACAAGGACCCAUAUAAUGUUUUUAAAAAAGCAUUACAGUGGAACCUCAUUAAAAUAUAACCUCUUUAUAACCAUGAAAUUGGCAAGUUUCUUAUUCGUGGGUAGCUUAGGAGAGCUUGAGAGCUUGUUUUUGCACGAAAGUGAGACUAAUGCGGGUCACUUCUCACCAACAAGGUAAGCAAACAUGAGAAAACUGCGGCUGAGUUGCCAAAACAAAGGAAAAUUUCAAACAUUGAAAGGUUCCGGAGAGCUCAAAACUUACUUACAGGCUUGAGAAAUCAUUGUUUCAAACAUCAAAAGGAUUUUAAGCUUGUUGUCACGGAGUAAAACAAUGAGCCUAUGCCCCAACCAGAAAUUGACCAAAAUAGUGGUUUGUGGGUGAGUUUCAUAAAAAUGUGAAGAUUGUUUCAUAAUCCUUAAACAAGGUAAAACCCUGAAGUCAUUUUAAUUUUCUUUUCAAUGAUUGUUAAAAACGUCUUUAAUUCAUACCUUCCACUGGAGUGGACAUACUUUUUCAAAGCCUACAAGGUAAAUUGAAACCUUCUUUUUAGUUGACAUUUUUUUCUAAUAGAACGUGUUAUUUUAACAAAUUUUCAGCGUGCAAAGAAAGAAGUGUCCGAUAGCCCGCGGCUAGUGGAUUUUGCUAUCGGGCUAGUGAAUUCUGUUUUCAACUUGCCCAAUGGGCAAGUAAUGUUUUUUGAGGAAUUUAAAUGACAGAAGAACUGUGAAAUCAGUCUGCUCAUCAAAAUGUUUUUGGGGCUAGUUGAAAUGAUGUUUGGGCUCGUAAAUGUUAGCUUCAGCUUGCCCGAAUGGCAAGCUGUAAAAAUGACUUUCUUUGCACCCUGAAAUUUUACACUUAAAAAGCUUAAAAAGUUUCAAAGUUUCUGUUAAAUAUGAUCUUCCCAGACAUUUUUGUUGUUUGAAACAGAUUUCCCUUUGGCUUACUGGUAAAGUUUAAACUUUAAAGUCUUACUAUUUCUGAGAUUUCUACCGUUUUCCAUCGACUCAGUUUUGACUUACUUAUGGUUAUUUUUGUUUUCACAAAGACAUUGAGCUGCAUUAGCCUCACAAUCAUGCUGAGAAGUCUCUCAUCCCAGGGCUGUCGGGGAAUAAGAAACUUGCCUAUUGUUGUGAAUUGUAUUAAUGAGGUUUACAGAAAAAUUCAAAACAAAACAAUACAGGUUUAAAUCUGGGCUAAAAUAUUUUGGUCACCAAGCAACAUUAACAAGGUCGUAAUAUAAAUAGGGUUUUCGGAAGGUGUUGUUCUACUGUAUCACUUAUCAUUUCCUGUGAAAACAUCUACUGAUAUUAUUUAGCAUUAUGAUGAGUGGCAAUUUUGGUUUUCAUGUAAGUUUUUGUUAUGUUAAAGAAUUGUUGUAGCAGAACAGUAGAAGUUCACUUGAGAAACCCUAACAAUGUUUAAAUCUGUCCUUCAUGUACUUAUCAGAUUGUUUAUUGGUUAUAGUCACGUUAUUUCAGCACUCCUCCUUGGUGGAAUGUCAUCAGUCAAAAUUGUUUGCCAUGAGAACAUGAUCUGCAACAACCUUCCUUAAGAAGAUGAAAAAUAUGCAUGUGUACCUAAAUUUGAGAAAGAGUGGUGAUAAUAUUCGUUUUAUUGUAUGUAUAUUCUUUCAGGAAAGAUUUUGUUGUUUAUCAAGAUGUCAAUGCUGAACCAACAAAAGUGACAGACAAUGACUUCAAGGACAAGGUUAGCAUAUUGUAGUAAGCUUACUUAAUAUUCUGGUCAGUCGACCUCAGUGUCUGUGUCCUGUUGUGAGUAGCCUGCGAAACCGGCCAUUUCUUCCCUCUCCUGGCCGCUAGGGACGUUUCGUCUGCGCCUCAACAACAGAAAUUCCAUACUGAUGAUGUAAAAUCUGUCCAUAAUCUGGUCAGGAGCUCUGAUUGGUCGACGUAGUAGUUAUAGUAUUUUAGUUAUUGUUUACAAAUGACAGACAAAAGCCAAGAGGCCACAAAUACAAACACAAUGAAUCUAUUACAAAAUGGUCAAUAUUCGUGGAAUACAUUCUUUUCUAUAAGAAGCAUUUGAGUUUUGCUGGAGCUCAUUCGCAGAUGAACCCAAAACCAUAUAACUGAACAAAUGUACAUUUGGAACCCCAUGACUACCGGAUUUAUUAAUAUGUAAACUUUGAUUAAUGUCAUCGUUAUCGAGAUUCUGUUGCUGAGGCGCAGACAUCUCUCCUGGCAAAAUGUCCCAAGUGGCGAGGAGUAAGGAAAGACCGCAGUUUUGGCGGGCUAUAUCGCGAGCCUCUGUAUGGGUAUCUGUGGACAACGAAAAAUAUGAAUAAACCAAAAACUCUGAUUGGCAGCACACUUUCUUUGCAGGUUUCAUUGCCAUCAUUGCACAACUAACUUUGUCAAACUUUUGUCAUGAAAGAUAUUAAUCAUUGUGGUUAAUGUGUAUAAAGGGUUUAGUUUUAUCCCUUGUCUCAAACUUGAUUGAAAUCGCGAUGUGAUUGUGGUUAUAAUCUCUAAGAUCAUUGCUUCAUCAAUGGUGAUUGUCACAACUUAGUUUUUUUGGAAAUACCAACACCAAGGCUCUCUUGUAUUUUACACUGCAGACUUGUGUUUUCUACAUCUAUCUAAUAUAUAUGUAGUCAUCAGUUUAUUUGCUACUACACCUACUGCUGCAGCUCACUUCCCAUAAUUUAAACUCUUGGUGUGGAUUAAAUCUACAGAAUGAUGGCUUUGUGAAGGUUCCCUUUUUGUAGAGAUGUCUAAUUUGAUGAUAAUAAUGUCUUUUUUCAUUUCUUUAGAAUUUUGUUCCAAGUGGAGGUGUUUUUUGACUUUAAUAACAUGACUGGUUUAUUAAGGCACUUUUCGAUGGCCCCUUCAGUGUGCUUACUAAUGGGCUGUGACUGUACUUGGCAUUGUGCUUCGCAAAUUAUUUUUUGCCUACCCUCUCGUAAGAAAUAAAAUGUGAAAAUAUGUCACUUAUUCAUGAUUUUGCUAUUUUAUGACUAGAUUCUUCUCUGCUACUCCAAUGGAAACCAUUACGAUGCUGUCUACAGUGUGCAAUUCCAGAAGGAUGCCGCUAUGUGUCAGUGUAAGUUUGAAAGUAUUGUGCUGCAGUAUGUAGUGGAACCCUCCAGAUUGAGAAAUUUUGAAAUCGGCUACGGCAUGGAUUGAACUUCAGGCCUUUGGAAUGUGAUGUAUUGAGAAGGUCCAGACAUAAUAAUUUAUCCAUUUUUGGCUGGGUUUGGGCUUACAGUUCAUUUUUGCAUGAAAGUAAACUUCUCAGCUGGCCCAUUUGGACAAGCUAUGGCUAUCAUGUACUAGAUGAAGAGUCAUUUUUACUAGGCCAAAAAAAAAUUUUGACUAGCAGAAUUUAUAAUAAUCAAGUAUGAGUUAUUACUUAACUACAGCAUCAGUUAAUUAAUAACUUGCUUGUAAUAUUAAGAGUAAUAAUUUCACUAUGUCAGAUCAGUUAAAAAAACAGCUUUUGAUCCCCCAUGAAUUAAGGAAUUUAAAUAGUUAAUUGCAGAUAAAUUACUUCUGCAAUUUGAAUUUGCCCAAAAACUUCUCGUGAAAAACAUAACUUUGCUCAUGCUCAUGAGGCAAGUUACAGGUAAGAAUAGAAUUCAUUUACAAGUUACAAAGUCCAUUAGCCCAAGUUAUUGGACAUGACUUCCGUUGCACACUGCAAGACAAGAAAAAACCAUAUAGAUAAGCUAAUAAGGGAAAACUAUUCAUUAAUCCAUUUUUUUUUUCUUUCAUAACAGCAUUGAUGUAUGAGAUUCUGUACCAAAGGGUGUUUUCUGAACUUGACAGGAGAGAAAAUUCCUUUAAACAGAAUCUUACUCCUGACACAAACAAUGUCUCAACGACAUUUUAUCAAAAUGGCUUUGGAGAAGAUGAUGGGGCUUUCAAGGAUGAUGGUGAAGAUAAUACUGGUUGGACGGAGGUCAAGAGCAGGUCUAGCAAAGGUUGGUUGCCUUCCCGGGUGGGGGGGGGGCACUCCCAUACAUUACCUAUACUGGUAUGUGCCGCCCAAAGGGGUCGUGAUUUUGAAGCUCCUAAUUUAGAACGGGGUAUCCAUUUCAGAGGCGUUUUCUAGAACGGGGUAUAAUAUUUCGAACGCACGAAAGCUCUACUUUUGUAAGCAGCCAUUUGAAAUUAUUCAAGGACAGAUUGCUUUUAAAAAUACGGUUCAAUGCGCUAACAAGCAAACUGUUGGACUCUUGUUGCACCUUAGAACGGAGUAUAAAAAACUGGCCCAUUUCUAGAACGGGGUAUCAGUUUUAAGGCGAAUUCUAGAAUGGGGUAUAAAAAAUUGGCCCAUUUCUAGAACGGGGUAUCAAUUUCAGGGCAAAUUUUUUCCAGAACGGGGUGCCAAUCUGGAGUCCCGGGCGGCACAUACCCACCCAAAAAAUACCCAAGUGCCCCCCCCCCCGGGGUUGCCUUGUUUCCACUGAUUUCAUUAGCCUUAACCCUUCAAGUCCCAAUAUCAACAAACAAACUCGCCAGACGGAUCAAUAUAUUUUUGUGUGGCUAAAUUGUUAUUUAGGCAGGGUUAACCUCGAGACAACACUUGCAGGUCAGUAGUUGAGCCCCAGGCAUGCAGGCCUGUGCGGGGUGGCGGUGCAGUCUUCAAGGGCUGACAUGUGUUGGCAUAUUUCAGCUUUGCUUUGUGAUUGUUGCGGAUCAUUAUUAGUGACGGAUUGUGAUAUCUGCCAUCCAUAACAAUUUAUUGGUUCUGUGAAAAUUCAUGGAAAACCCAACUCUUAAAUGUUUUCGAUUCUUGGAAGUCAUAUGUUUUAACAUUUCUUGGUCCUGGAAGCCAUAAAACCAGUAUAUAAUUACGUUCAACGCACUUUGGAAACAAUUCAAGAUGCCAAACAAUAGAAAGAUAAUAGAUGCUAAUCAGGGUUGUCAACAGUAGCUGGCUGCCGGCCAAAAUUGCCGCCUACUUAGUUAGUAUCAGCCAGCUACUCUGCUUGGCAUUUCUCUACAGAUGGCAUUUUUUAAAUAAAAAUCCCUGGACUGGCAGCUUACUUUGACAACUCAGCCAUCUACCUCUAAACUUUCUGACAACUCUGUCAGCUAAUUAACGUCUUAGUUUCAUAUAAUAAUUGUUAUAGCCUGAUUCAUAACUAAGAAUUGCUCUUAGUUAAGAAUCUGAGUGGAAAAAUUGUGAAUUUCUGUAAAUUGAUCCCUUAGGGUGAGAAAAACGCUGGGAUACUAUUUUUUCGGUUCUGUUAUUUUAAGACCACGGUCAUAUCAAUGUUCCACUGUGCAUUGAUUACAGUUGAAUCAAUAAUAAUUGUUUUACUAUUCUUCUCUAAGUGACUAAACUUUAAAGGGUUGCACCUUCUUUUACAGCUAAGUCUGCUCGUCAGAACAGAACUUUUGAAGAGGAAUCAAAAGAGGAGUCUGUUAAACCAAACCUGGAUCAGAAACAUGGAUGGCAAGCAAAGCGUUCACUUGAUAGUGAACUGUAUCGCAAUGUGGAGCUAGAAGUUUGGGAGGAUUCUAAGAAUGGUAAGUGUGGCCUAUCUUUCAGUUGCCAACUUAAAAUUGAUGCUCUGGUGCAGAGCUGUCAAUUAGCCUGUUCCAGGCAUUCAGAUAGUAGAGCUCAGAGGUCAGAUGGUGGGGAGCGAAUUGAAUCAUACGCGGGAAAAACUAGGGGAGAAAUGAGGCGAGACUGGUCAGUUUUCCGCCUGCACUCUACUUUCUGAACACCUGGAACAGGCUAGCUGGCGAUAACAGCCAGGGGCCCAAGGCUUUCCCCUUGCUGCUAUGAGCUUGCCUCUCUCUACUUUCAUAGGAAACAAAUGUAAAAUAGGACCGAUACAAAUUCUUAUACCUAAAAACUUGAAAUCUUAGGGACAGCUCUGCCUGGAGUCACAAAGAGGAUAAAAUAUGAAUUAAUUCUCUAAGUCUUGCAUGACAACUAGUGUAUAUGCUAGUAGAGUAAAUUAAAAAAAAUGUAGGCAUUUUAGGAAACUGAGCCCUUUGAUUCUGUAGAUUGCAUAUAACCUACUUAAUUAUGCCCAAAAUGGUGGGUGUCUGUAAGUUGGAGACAGCCUAAUACAGUGUCUCAUCAUUGUCAUUGUCAUGUGUCUUCACUCCAGAAGGCAUAUAAGGUUUCUGUUACAUGUGACCUUUUACUAGCCUGUGCCAAGCUCUCAGAAAUUGUAGGGAUGUCACAAAAACAAGGCAUGCAAAAAUAAGACACUUGUGAUCUGGCAGGUGGGGGGUGGGGGGGAUGGUGUCGGAAAAAGGAGAGACUUCUACCACCUCCUUUCUCCUCAGCUCCCCAGCUUCUUUUUCUUUUUAAUAAGUUUUCAUGAUCUCUGCUUGUGACUAUCUUGGAGCCUAGAGCAGGCUACUUUUAACACGGUAGCAGUGUUAGCCCCAUACCUAACCCCCAACCUGGAGGACCGGGAGAUCACGCCUUGUCUGGUCUGUACUGCUGCUGUCUGGUCUCUACUGACUCUAGCUCUAGGGGUCACAGAGUGAGAGAUGUACAUACCACCUCCCCUCGGUAAGGUGGCAAUUCCAUGGAGGCAAAAAGAGAAAGACUCUGUUAUAAGUUAUAAUCUGGGGUCAAUUUAAUAAAACUAUUACAAGUGUAGCUAUUGUCUAUAGACUCUAAAACAAUGGCACACUAAAUUACACUUAUAAAAGUCUUUUUAAAUUGGCCCCUGGUUAUGGCUACUAUUAACAAACUUUUAAUAUAUGUGUGAAUUUUAUAUCAUGUGUCUUAAUAGAAAGUGUAAUGUGAACAUCUUUGUGUAUUCCUCAGGGCAAGAAAGGGAAGAUCGUUUUUAUGCAGCAAGCAUCCAAUACCAGCCUGGGGACAAGUGCUUUGUAAGUUGACUUAGGUCAAGAUGAUGUCCAAGUUUAAUAAUAAUAAUUAUGGUAAUUCAAUAAAAUAAUAGACUUUCUUGUAACUGCUCUGGUUAGGAAAAUAUGAUUAUGAUUGUGUGUCCGAAGGGGAAAGUUAGAAUGUGAGUAUAAGUAUGCAUGUUAGCAUUUUAAUGGUAAUUGAUGUCUGUUAAUAUCUAACCUUUUUUUUGAUGUAUUUUGUUGACAUGUUUAGGCGUGGUUAGGACAGCAAGAUGUUGCAGACAAAGUUUAUGAGGCUAUUGUUGUUUUCUCUCUUCCGAUUCAAAAAAGUAUUGAAGUAAGUCAAGAUACAAGCCCACUCUUUUACUAGUAGUAAUCAUAGAUGACUGAGUGUGUUCGAGGUCAGAGUUUGUCUUGAUUGGAUGUGUUAGUUAGUUUCGGCUCGAGACAAGUGUCAUUGAGUUUUUCCUGUGAAAGCGAGUGUUCGUCACUUAACCAAUAUCAGGAGUGAUCAGAUGGCAAAAACCCAAAAGUUAUAUUAAAAAAAAGCUUCCGUGGAACCUCGAUAUAACAAACAUCUAUAUAACAAAGUCCUCUGCAUUAAGAGCGAUUUUCUUUACCCCUCCCUCAUAUUUUAACUAAGAUUAACUAUGUCAGUGUUACAUUAGAAUUUGAAGUGCUGUUAGUUAUAGCGCAUUCUAUGUAAAUAUAUGACCAGAGUAAUGAAUCUCAGUAAUGUGUCUCCAUUUGCCUCAAACACAAAGCUCUUCUCUCCACCCUGUUUUCGCUCCUCAAUUCCAUACUGGAUUGAAAAGAACGGGAGUUAAAUCUUAUAUUUUUAGUUUCUUUUUCUUAUCUGUGAUGUUCAAAUAACUGUGAAGCUGUAACUAGCCUUCGUUUUCAAUCUCAAGUUAUUUGCCCUUUUCCAGGUGAGGAUUCCAGAACUUCAAAAUAAAAGGUAAUAUGUUUACAGGGUUUUAUUUUUGUGCAAGGUUGCGCGCAUGUUUUUUUUUUUUCUUUUGUCGCGUUGGGUUGUAGAGCGUUAUCGUUAUUUGUAUAUGCGACGAAGUCUUUUUGAAAGAAAGAGAAGAGUCGUCACUUUUGUAUUUUUUUUCUGGUGUUUAUUUAUUGAUAUUGCAGUCCUUUGUUACCCUGGGUAGUCACUUUUUAAGACUUAACAAACCGGAAACCGCGCUUGAAAAACCUCUGGCAUGCACCCAGGGUACUUCUACGUGUAUUCGCCACUGUAAAAAUCAGAUGGAAACUAGGACGAGUUAACUUUCGCAAAGACUUCUGGGACUGUUUCUAGGGAAAGGAAAACAAUCAGCCAAUAGCUGACCGGCACGUCCCAAGUAACCAUCCCAGAAACACUUGCGGGACACAUUUCCGCUCCAGUUGCCUUCCACUUGCCUUUACGAUACAAGUAGACUACGAGUAGUCCCCCAUUUUUCCUCAGGGAUAGUAGAGCGAGCGAAACGCGAGCGCGCGUGAAAAUCACCCCACGCGAGAAAAGCCGACACGCGGCGGGUAGAGAGAAACGGCUUUUCUCGCGUGGGGUGAUUUUCACGCGCGCUCGCGUUUCGCUCGCUCUACUAUCCCUGAGGAAAAACGGGAGACUACUCGAAAUCUACGAUACAAGUUCUCCAUCAAGGCUUGGUGCAUCAAACCAACCAGGUGAUUGAGUCAUAUCCCUUUGUAGGGUGAAGAUGCAGCUUCAAAAUAAGCUAACGGAAAAAUAAUAAUGAUAAAAAUCUCCCGUCAAGUUUGAGUGGAAAGCUCCAUUUUCUUUGGGCGCAUUAUUUUGGAGUUUUACAGUUACUUACUUUAGGGCUACAUUUACGGUCUGACCUUGGAUGUCUAUUUGCAGCUUUGUGAUUCCACUUGAAAAUUUGAAACCCACAGCCAACCAGCAGGGUAGGUUAUGUAAUAGUUUUUGAGAAAAACAUGAAAAAUGAACAUUAAGAUUUACUUUCCAAAGUCGAAUGCCUCUUUACGGUUACCUCGUUAGUAAGGACAGCUUUCUUUAUUGCUGUGGAAAACCCUUCCAUUUAACCCGCUUAAUAGGGACACCCGCUAAUGCGCACAUCGACACUUUUUUCUUCUCCAUUCAACAGAUUUUUGUAUAAAGUUAUGACGGAAUCCAUUUGGAAAUUGAGUAAUUUUGAUUUUCAGUGGACAAAAACCUUGUACCAGAAGAAUUUCAAGCACAUUGCAUACUUUUUUACACUUUUCGAGGGCUAAAAAUGUAAUAAGUUAUAUGAAACAACACCAAAGAAACGGUUUUUAUGGGAGCCUGAGAAAACAAACUUCAAAAUUUCACAAAGUGAACGAGUUUACCGUGUUUUCUCAAUUCCUGGGAAAUUUGAAAUUUAUGAAUUUUUUUCGGCCUCCCAUAAGAAAUUGUCUUUAGUGUUAUUAUAGAUAACUAAUUAUAUUUAUAGACCUUGAAAAGUGAAGAAAAGAAUGCGAUAUAGCUUAAAAUAUUCUGGUGCAAGGUUUUGUCCACUGAAAAUUAAAAUUACUCAGUUGUUACUCAAUUUCCAGAUGGAUUCCGUCUUAACCUCUUUAAUACGGACUCUUCGUUGCCAGCCGUGUGCUGCCAUAAGCCUUAACUUUCCCGACGUUAAAAUGACACCAUGUCGUGGUUUACAGUGCCGCAGUAUACUGACGGGAGCAGGCAAAGUGUAAACCUUAUGAAUUUCUGACUAUUUUAGACAACGAAUAACUCAGUUGUGAUGGAAAGAACGGUUUUUGAAUAAGUGAUGAAGAAAUGAGCAACUUCUGAGUGUUUUACGGACGUAGUCCGUGGAACAAAGCCAGGUUUCGUGUAACCCUAAGAUGCUUAAUUGGACGAUGCCAAUGUCCUGCCCCGCACACUACAGACAUUUUUUAUGCCCUUUCUGUCUCCGCGUUAAACGGGGGUCGACUGUACUUAGAACUUGGCAUAUUUAUUUUGUAGAGCUGAAUUACAAAGAAUUGUCAGGUUACUACAAAAAAUCAGAAGCAACAGGAGGACCACCCAACAAUGAAGGUAUGUCUUGUAUCACUUUUUGGAGCUGAAAAGCUAUUUCAUCUUCUACCUGUGAAAGUUUGUUAAUUGUAUUGUUGUUCUGAGCAGGUUUGCGGGAUGAAGGAAAGCGAGGAAGGAGAAGAAAUAUGUCAGGCAGACCACCACCAAGAGGCGGCAGUAACUUUAAGGUUAAGUUUUGCAUAAUAUCUUUAUUUAUUUUUAUAUAUUAUUUAUUUAUUUAUUUAUUUGUUGAGGUUGAUGAGAGGAGCCCGCAGUGCUAAUCUCUAGGAUGCUAUAACUCAUGAUUGGCACAUAUGUAGCCAACAUUUGUUUAGACUUCUACUAAGAAUGAAUGGAAUGCUUAUCUAUCAGUCCUAAUGUGAUCUCGCGAAUUUUGACCUUCUAUCACGUGAAACUUAUGCAAAGUACCAGCAGCAAUCCUGAAACUCGCCCGCACUCCCUAACCUUUGGUUAUUACUAGCCUUUUAUUUAUUUAUAACUUUUACUGUUUAGGGAGAUGAACAAAGCGACGACACCUCUUCCAGAAAGGGUUUCCAGGUAAAAAAUAGACACAUCUUCAGGGUGCAAAGAAAAUCAUUACCAUUCGGGCAAGCUGAAGCUAGCAUUUACUAGCUCAGACGUCAUUUCAACUAGCCCCAAAAGCUUUUUGACGAGCAGAAUUGAUUUCACAGUUGUUCUGUUAUUUGAAUUCCUCAGAAAACAUCACUUGCCCGUCAGGCAAGUUAAAAACAGAAUUCACUAGCCCGAUAGCAAAAUCCACUAGCCAUGGGCUAUCGGACCCCACUUUCUUUGUACGCUAGACCAAUAUAUCCCCGCUUUUACUAGAAGCUAUAGUCAAUCAAACAACACCUGCAGUGGUCAAGAAACACCUUUUAGACGUACGAAUCAAUUUGUAGCCUGUGUCUACCAAUACAGAGACAAAGUGGUCGUUACUCACUUGAUAUGUCUUAUUUUGCAACAGGAUGAUUCGUUUCCAAGACAGCGGCCUGGUGCGGGGUCACGUGACAAGUUUUCAAGAGGAAGAGGAAGAGGACGUUACCAGCGAGGGCGUGAUGAGCGGGGUCUGGUGCAAAAAGAAGCUGAUGAAGAGGCCAAGCUGCAAGAGGCAGUAAGUUGAAUUUUAUUAUUAUACCCACACUCAUUUAGACUGUUUGUUUUCCUUGCAAUUUUGCUAAGUUAAACCUCCCGUAAGCGACCACACACAAUGCGAAGACCUCUAAAGGUGACCGCUUACAAGAAUCGAGCCUUGACACUGCUACGUUAUGGAGAUAAUCCACCGUACCUAAAAAUAUGGCGACUGGUACAUUUACCUACAGUUCGUAGCGCAUGAAAACCAUACAAUUGCUCAUAAAAACGCACAGAAAAGUUUUAUAAACUUUAAACCUAGGACAGGCAAUGUUGCUAUUACAGGGACGAAUUCCCCCUCCCCCGCCCCCCCAAAAAAUAUAUGACUUUAUGUGAAAUUGGCCGUGUUAGGUUCGAAAGGAAUUGUCGUAAAAUGUACAGCCGCCAUCUUUUUCCGUAGGGCUGAUUUUUUGCAUGCAAGGAGUUCCAUGCUGUCACUAAAAGUUCUUAGUCUGGUAAUACUCUAAGAGCAUAGUACAUACAGCGAACACAUAGAUCACGCCACGCGUCAAACGAUCGUUUACAAGAACUUAAAAACAGAGGAAAAUCAUUGAACUGUCACCCCCGUUCCCUGUUAGUCAUGGUCGCUUUAAGGGGUCGUUUACAAGAGGUUCUGACUAUAAGACUUCGACUGAGAAAGUUUUGGUGGUUUGGAUAAGUGUUCGCUUAUUAAAGGUUCGAAUGUAACUCAUUCUGAAUCGUCUUUUGCAGGAACAAGCUAAGUUGGCAGAAUUACAAGACAAAGAUCCUGCAGCAUUUCCAGCCUUACCUGUAGGUUACUUUUACGUUAUAUUAGACUACUUGCAGUCCGCCUUUUCUCUUAAAAUCCCUCUAGUUCUCAUCCCAGUCAAUGCCAUUUAAAAAAAAAACAAACGCUACAAUAAGGGAUAAGGACAUAGGCCCUAGUUUAUCGCGGCUGGCCUGUAUGGGUUACGCGUGGAGUAAAUUUCGAAAAGAAAAAUUGUAGACUGCUCGCAGCCUAACGUUGUCUACUGAUCGCUUUGUUUUGUUUAAGACUAGGUGUACACUAGACGAGAAUUUUAAGGAUUCAUAAAUGUGUUCGGAGUCACAGGAAUUUUAAUUUACGCACAUCUUUUAAUCCGACAAACAUUCUUUCGGAUGCAAAGUGUUUAGUUGCGAUUUCGGAUUUAAAAUGUCCAGACAUGUAGCCUCCCAACGUUCGGACACGCGACCAAACGGAAACAAAAAGUUCGCGGGGACAAACCCCUAAAACAACUGCGUGGAAGGCCCCAGACAUCUCCUUCUCUUAAGAAUUUUACAAAGAUCCGCCCCUAAACGUCCCCCAAAACUUCCAGUGUUUCGGACUGUUGCUAUGAAAGGCGUUGACUCUCAGUCCCCAGGGUGUCUUUUAUUGGAAGCUUAAGCAACGACGACGGUAACGGAAACGAGAACAGCAAAAAAGCAAUUGGUUUAGAUUGGCAAAACAAGCACGUGCAUCACGCUUUUUUGUACAUUUCUUAGCCGUCGUUGCACGACUACGACGUAAAAGUGCCUAUUUUCACGUUUUGUCGAGGACGUGCGCACAAGACGACGACUUCCUUUUUCUUUUCCUGAACUUUGAUAGUCUUAUAGAAUUCAACUCUAGAAAAAUUUUCCAGCAUUUGUCGAAUUGAACGAGAUGGAAUAAACCCAAUAAAGUUUGAAGUAGCUUGAAUUCACUUUUUAAAGGAAGUUUUCGUAGCCGUGGUUGUUGCUUAAGCUCCCUAAUAACGAGUGUUAGACUAACCUGAGAUCAGGCUCAAUAUUCGUUUCGCUUUGUCGUUAGAGAGAAUGUAUGAGAACCGCUAAAAUUGGGCCUGAUCUCAGCUUAGAGUCAGACGAGUGACCUGUACUUGCAUGUCAAAGGCAAUUAGAAGGUAUAAAUAGUUUAUGUCAUUUGUCUUCAACUCUAAUUUGCGAAGUGGAAUGAGCACUUGUUUCCUCGCUUUCAUCGUUAGAGCGGUUUUCACUUGACUGUCGAAAGUAAUUGAGGAAUUGGUUUUGGUUUUGGUUUUACUACGCCGUUUGGUUGGCUAGUGUAUUUACUUUGGUUUUGGUUUUACGACAGUCAAGUGAAAACCGCUCUAAAGAGUAAAGUUAAGACAAAAUGAUUUGUGUUGUGGUGUUUUCUUCAGACUCAACAAGCUGAAGAAAAGCCUCCAUCUACUGAAGCAGGGCCUGAUCAAACUCCUGCCGAGUUCUGGAGUCGGCUUAAAAACGCUCAAGGAAAGCCGUUACCCUCAAUGCCGAAGGAACUUGAUCAAUCGGGAACAACAGAAAGCAAACCUGCCAGUACACCAGCCUCGCCAACCAAUCAGCAGCCAGACUCGGCCAAAUUAGAAGAUGAGAAAAAUGAUGAGAGACCGCAGGCUAGUGAGCCUCGAUCCCUUGCUGCAUCUCAUAAUGGUGAAGUCCCCAACAAGCUGGAAGAGGAAGCAGAAAAAGGAAAAAAGGUGGAAAUCAAGUCGGUGGAACCUAACAGUCAUCAGGCCGCGUUACAAAGCAGCAAACCAGAGCGGCGUGAAUCUCCCAAGCAAGAAAAAGAAUUAGCGAACGAAAUAGAUCAGCAAAGAACAGAUUUGACAACUGUGGACGUGAAAAGUACACCGCCCAAACCUGUGGUCAAAGAAGGGGCACAUGUUGAUGCGGAACCAGAAUCGAAAACUGCUUGGUCAAACGAAUCAGUAAAAAUGGAGGAACCAAACGCUACCGCUAAGGAAACAGAAGAAGAUAUAAAGAAGACAGAGGAGGUGUCUAGUAUGAAGCCAAACGUGAGAGGCGUUAUUCGUAUGGCCAACCUAACCAGUACUAAACCAGCUCAGCAAGCUACUGAAACUGAAACUCCACCUCAUUGUCAAGAGGAUGAUAUUAAACAAGUGAGAAAAGAGGAGACUUCAAGUCUUAAAUCAGCACUUGCUGGGGAAAGUUCGGCCUCAUCUUCGCCUGAAAAAAAGACUGUUAAAUUUGCUGAUGAUCCCCCCAGUGAAGCUGGAGAAAUCAAAGUUCUUUUAAACACAGGAAAGGACUUGAGUUAUAAAGAUGGAAAAGGGAAAUCCUGGCUCCUCCCACUCUAGGUAUUGUUUUUGUUUUCUUGAUAGAAAGAUCAGACGUUUGCAGUGUGUAAAGAAAGUAGUGUCCGAUAGCCCGAGGCUAGUGGUUUUGCUAUCGGGCUAGUGAAUUCUGUUAUUAACUUGUCCGACGGGCAAGUGAAGUUUUUUGAGGAAUCCAAAUCACAGACGAACUGUGAAAUCAAUCUGCUCGUCAAAACGUUUUUGGGGCUAGUUGAAAUGAUGUUUGGGCUAGUAAAUGUUAGCUUCAGCUUGCCCAAAUGGCAGGCUGUAAAAUUGACUUUCUUUGCACCCUGCGUUUGUUAAGUUUCGUUGUUGUUGUGUAAUAACGUGGUUAACAAAUUGUUCCCAACAAAUUUUGGCGCGAAAUUCAGAGUCAGUAGAAACCUGUAGAUGCAAGGACGAGAACGACUAUACGAGUACGAGAUUUGAUUUGAAGUUUUUUCGCAUAUUGUCAAAAAGUAGACACCUCGGAAUGCUUCAUUUUACUCUUUUUCACUUGAAAAGUUAGCACUGUUAUCUUUACGCAGGAGGUUAAGCCCUCUCCCGGUAGCUUCUAACGUUUGAUGAGUUGUUUCCUUCGUCACUACGACUCGUAGUAGAACGAGGCCCGUAUCACGUUUUCUCGCCAAAAUGACCCUGGUUAACGCGCGACCUCUACUUAGUCGUAGUAUUCGCCUUAGAAUCUAAAGGUCUCGUGUAGGGAGCUUAAGCAUUUACGGCGACGAUAUCAAUGCUGUCGUGGUCGUUGUUUCUUAAGCUCCCUAAAAUAUAUAAUUUCAUUGAUCAAAUUCAGUACAGGAGUGCUUUGGCAACGUUCAUGUAUCUGAGAUGGCGUCCAGGUCCAAAAAUGUUACGAAGCACAGUUGUUACCAGCAAGGAGGAUUUCAACGGGAGUACUUUGUCUAAAAACUUUAAACUUUACCCUUUAAAAUUUUUCGUGUGUUGAAAACGAGCGAAAACCUUUGAAUUGUAAGCGUUACUUGUUACCCAUGAUAUUAAUAGAGCCUUUUUACAUGACGUCACUUCUACCGCGUUUGUAUCCCACAAAAACACAAAAUACGUUGUAAUUAUUUAAGCAUUAGGUUCGGCACAUGAAAGUUCAGCGUUUGAAUCAAAGCCGUUCCAAAGUCGCCUUAAAGGCAAAAUUCCCGGCCGGGCUAGGCGAAAAGAACGGCUGAGCCGUUCCAAAUUGAAACAGGCGUUCCUAAUUGAUUCAGACGCCGAACUUUUCUUGUACUUAAUUCAGUGUAUUAGGUUCGGCUCAUGAAAAGAUCGGCGUCUGAACCGGGCCUUACAAACAACAAAACGAAAUAUGAAAAACUGUUAGGCUGACAAGUUUUCAAAAACCACAUUUGCAAUCCGUUUCAAUCUACGUCAGGUUUGUCCAUUCGUGCUUCCUUUUGUAUUUGCUGGAGAAACGUAUAAUUAUCCGUCUUGGGUCAUUAUACGUUUCUGGGAAACUACCCACCUACCCCGCCCGUAAGCCAACAUUAAAGGAGCUGUGUCACGAAAUUCAGUCAAUUAGGAAAUUACAAAAUGCCCGUUAAAAAAAUAACCGCUUAAAACUUUAAAGAAGGUUAAAAUAACAUAACAGAAACAACAGAUGCCACGGAUGGGCAAAACUGAAGAAGAUUGAAACGGAUUUAAAUUAGGGUUUUUGAAAACUGUUCAGCCUAACAGUUUUUCAAAGUUUAUCCCUGCUGCUUGCAACUUCAAAAAUUAUGCCCAGGAGACAUAUCUGUUUGUCUCUGAUCUCUGAUUUUGUCAUUUACAUGUAAUUUCUUUGCUUACUUUAAGUUCCAUAGCGAUUGAGGGCGAGUAAUUGGCAAAAUUAAACAAAAUGAACUGGACUGCCGUGACACAGCUCCCUUUAACACCUACUUCUCGUUAUAAUUGUUUAUUUAUGUAUUUGUUUAUUUGCAGUUUCAGUUGUGAUGAAGCCGGCUCCAGGUUCAGAUUAUUCACAGCAAGACAGUUCUCCAGUUUCCAUUUUAACUGUAAGUACCCUGGUCUUUGCUCUUAUCCCUUUAACUCCCAAUAUCCACAUACAAAUUCUCUAAACUUACCUUUAUAUAUUACCUUAAAGAAUGAGUUGAGAGAAUUUGACAAAAGAUCGAAGCAUUUUUUCUUAAGUCAUCAUUUUAUUAAUUCUCAUAACCUAAUCUCUUGACAAUAUACGGAUAUCAUUGGGAGAAAAUUGAUGUUGGUCACUAUUGGGACUUAAAGGGUUAUGUAUAAAGGCGCAAAAGUAUUGUUGUUAUAGUUGUUUGUGUGUUUCCUUGUUUACUGCUCUGCAGUACAUACAAGAUGUUUAUCUGUGGCAGUACUUGUGUGCGUUAUGGCAGUUCAACUAUACAGUACACACCCGCGAAUAAGUGGAUUAAGAACCUCCUUGCAGAAAUUUUUCACUUAAAUACCCAAAAAUUCAAGAACCUGUUUAGCCAAGCAAGGUCAAGCAGGUUCUUAUAUGUUGGUCACUUUUAAAUCAUGAUAAACGAUUUAGUCAAGGAGCGUAACUUUGAGAUUGUAAAUUUAAGUAUAAUAAAAAGAUACUCUUCCAAGCAGUAUUUUGAUUCGGUGAUCAGUUUUGUUAGGGUUAAAAUAAUACAAUUGUGGGUAAAUGCUGUAUUUUUAAAGACUGAUCCCAAGUUUAUUUCUUUUUCUUGUAAUCAAAAAUCUAUUAUCGCCUUCAUAAAAAUUUAAGAACUAAUUAAGAACCUACUUAGCCUAAAUUGCCAGUAAUUACCCCAAACUACAAGAACGUAUUUUGCCAGACUUAAAAAGUUAGGUUCUUAUUCGCGAGUGUUUACUAUAUUGUUUCCUUUUUUUGUUUUUUUUCACAGAAUGACAAGCCUAACAAGAACUCAUCCGAAGAUGAAGUAACCACCUCGAUACGAUCCAGUUUCAGCCGCGAAAAGAACACGAAACCGGUAGUCCCCUCCCCUCCCGCCUCAGACACAAACCAGAGUGCAGAAGGAGCAGAUUCCGCAUCCUCUGUGUACCCCACAAUUUCUCAGCAUCAAUCCGUGACGUAUCAGCUACCUCCUCUCCCUGUGAUGUACACACCCCUACCAAACAUGACCAGUCAUCCGCGCAUGCCCCAAGGGAUAUCUAUUGAAAGCGAUGGCUCGGAUCUGCCAGAGGGUGAGUGUAUGUCUUAAGGAGCUGUUCUGUCGCGACGUCUGUUGUGCGCAUUACGAAAUCCAGGGGGAGGGGAAGGAAGAAGGUAUUCAGUCGCAAGUAGUGAAUUCGCAGUUACAACAACAACAACACUUUAUUCCGGCACAACAUUGCAUGGAGGGGAUGGGGGAGGAAAAGCUACAUUUUCCCCUUUUAAAGUCAGUAAGACGUCAAAAAGCCCCUUUAGGGCGAAGUUUCUCAACUCAUUUUGUCGCCGAUUGUAGGUCAAAAAAGGUAAAUCUCCCUCUUCCUAAACUCUAAGAAGAAUGGGUACAACCUUUGGGCGCUAUGGAUUCUGGGAUCGUUUGGGUGUACAAGCGUUUGUUAUGAUUGGGCGAUGGUAUUCAAGGCAACCAUUAACCAAUCAUAAUUAACGCUUGCCUUCCCCCCCACCCAAAACGAUCCCAAAAAUCGUUGCGCCGAAAGCUUGUACCCAUUCCCCUUAUACUUUCUGGAGUGGGAAUUGACCGCGUGAGACUGGGUUUGGGUCGAAUUUUACUAUGGGACUGUUUUCGGGGACGAAUUCAAUACCACUCGUAAUAAAUACAAAAAUCGCUGGCGUCCCCAAAACGAUCAUGUAACACUUGUUUUGCAUACUUUGAGGUUGUGCAAUGUGCAUGAAAUAACACCGGCCAAAGCCCACGUGCAACGUCGAAAAAUGAAUAGCCCGAGAAAACAGCCGUCAUUUCGGGACGCUUCCAAUGGUUUUCCCGCGAAAUGACGUCUGAGAAACGAGCCCAGAAAUUCCAUACUGAUGACAUGUUACUACCUUGAUCCGGGUAGUGCUUCUGAUAUCAUGAAGCAAAUUUUCAGAAGCACUACCCAGGUCUGGGUAGUGAUGCGUCAUUUGGAUGGAAACAAUAGGUGGUGUCCCAAAAUAUGGGCAAUUUUCUUAGGCUAAAAAAUGAAAGGAGAUAAAUUUUAAAGUUUGAUAAAGAAAUUACAGAAAAAGUGAAAAAUACGGUAAUGUACUUGCUUGACUCAUCGUGUGUUUUGUUUAUUUUGCAGAUCCAAAUACUCUUCGUUAUUUUUACAACCUUGGAUUCCAGGUAUGCAUUAGUACGGAUACGUUAUCUUGGACGGCGAACUUAAGGGCUGAUUUCCACUGUCGCGUAAAAGUUACGAUCGCAAAUCGAAUAGAGGCAAUGUAUGAAAGGUCGCACGUAAGCGUAAAAGUAGAACCUUGCUCAACUUCACGUUUCAUCUCAACUCUUUUUAUAUUGCCUCUAUUUUGUGUACGUGAUAAAAAUUUACGUGCGUUAAUGUGCGUGGCCAAAAACGCGUCAGUGGAAAUCAACCUUAAAGGAGCUGUGUCAUGGCAGUCCAGUUCAUUUUGUUUAAUUUUGCCAAUUACUCGCCCUCAAUCGCUAUGGAACUUAAAGUAAGCAAAGAAAUUACGUGUAAAUGACAAAAUCAGAGAUCCGAGACAAACAAAUAUGUCUCCUGAGCAUUAUUUUUGAAGUUGCAAGCAGCAGGGAUCAGCUUUGAAAGACUGUUAGGCUGAACAGUUUUCAAAAACCCUAAUUUCAAUCCGUUUCAGUCUUCUUCAGUUUUGCCCAUCCGUGGCAUCUGUUGUUUCUGUUGUGUUAUUUUAACCUUCCUUUAAUGUUUUAAGCGGUUAUUUUUAUGUUUCUCCUAAUUUAACGGGCAUUUUGUAAUUUCGUAAUUUGGCUGAAUUUCGUGACACAGCUCCUUUAAGCAAGACGUUUUUGAGCGACGCACGUCAACCAGAAAUGGACUUUGUGCAUCCCUAAUGUAACAGAGAGCUCUAAGACGAGAACGGCUAAGAGAACGAGAUUUUCCCAAUACUAAGUAGUGCGCGCGCGCGAAUCAGCGUCAUUUUGGCGGGAAAAUGUGGUAGCCGUCGUCAGUCUACUUCCAGUUUUAGCCAGAAUGUCGUAGUGGCGAAAACAAGUUAUCAAAAGUUAGGAAUUUUAUCAUUUAGCGACUAGGAGUAGGGCUUAACCUCUUUCGAUGACAAUAAGCGUACUAACUUUGUGGUAAAAAAAGAACCGUGAAGCUUUCCGGGGUGUCUAUUUUUAGAGAGUAGGCGAGAAAACUUAAAAUUAAAUUUCGUCCUCGUAGCCGUCCUCAUCCGUCAAGUGCUUGUGAAUACAAAGCAACAACCGCAUUUUUGCCUGGUAUGCAAGCAUAUUUUAAUAUCUGGUUUUGGUCUGUGUUUAUUUUCGCUAGUACCACGUCCAUAUGAGCCAGCAAUGGGCAAACCAGCAGAUGAUGUUUUACCCUUCAAUUUACCCAGUACCUUCCCAGGAUCAUAUGCCGCCCCAUCCUGCGGUGUCCGUAGGUCAGCAGCUUACCCCAGCAGUACCUCAAAUGAUGUACCAGCCUCAGCAAAUGCAGGUAAAUAUCUCCUUGUUCUUUUCUAGCGUUCUUUCAGCACAGCCUUUCUUUCACUUACUCGAUUUUGGCCUGCUCAGAAAGACUGCAUAAAUCGAGUAAGAUCUUUGUGGAGCAUGCGCUGUAUGUUGCCAGGAUACAGUUUCGAACCCAGGCCUAAUACCCUUGAGCUUGGUAAAGAGGGCUCAGUGGUGACCAUCGGUUUAUCAACAAACCGAUGUUCGCACUCCGAAAUCAGUUUUACGAAAGAGAGCAAUAUUGACUAGUCCAGAUCUUCGAGCUUCGGUGACUUCGAAUGCUUGAGGCCAGUCAGGUAGGGCGCCCUUUUCUCCUCCUCUCUGUGGAGCAAUGUGUGUAUCUCUGUGCUCCUAACACUUAAAAUCGUCGCGAGGUAAAGUAUUUCGCUUGUUAAACUUUUUAAAGCUAAUUUACCUUUUAACAUCUAGGCAUAUCACCCAUCCCAAGUCCAGCAAGUAGUGACUGAAAAUACAAGUUUUUCUGAGCGGAAUUCCUUAGAAAGGACCAGUCCUGGUCAAGCUUCGCAACAACAGCAACAGCAGCAUCAACAGCAGCAAGGUAUUCCUCUUCAUCAGGGCCCGCCGUUCAUCCACAACCAGCACCACACAAACUGGAGACCCCGGUCUAUGACUGGCUACCAAGGAAAGCAGUCGCAUGUUAAUGCACAAUUCCAAAAUCAACAGACUCCUCGCGGUCCCAUGCAACAUGGGGGUGGCAACAACAAGUACAAAAAGAAAUAUAAACACCGCAAUGAUCAGUUCCCUUAUGGUGCGCAGUCACAUAAUGCACAGAAUCAAGGCACCAUGAUGCAUAAUACGCAUGGUUAUUCUAAUCCUUCACAGACCGCUGGAUCUUCUAAUCCGUUCUAUCUGCCAGGCGGCGACCAUGGUGCCGGUAAGGGAUCUGGAGACUACUUCCAUAGCAGUCAACAGUAUGGAAACUUUCACAGCAACGCAUCAUCGGGCAUGACGCAAGCCCCACAUACCGCCCCCAACACGCGGGCUCAGUUUCCCUAAUGCGUGUCAAAUAACUUUAAAAUAGCCCAUGAUUUUGGGCAAAUGGAUUGCUUUGAAAAACACCAGUGCAAUCAAUUAGUAAUGCAACUAACAGUUAUUUCUGGGGCAGUGUAGAAGUUGUUUAGAAUGACAGUAAGCUAAAUACGCUUUUGAUGCAAUACGCCGCUACUUCACUGUCCUAGAAACUUAGUGUUAUGGUUCUGUUACAUUGUCGCGUAGGGUAAAUGUCUUGAUAGGGAAUAAAUUGAACUGUGACGUGUC